GUUUUGCCACCUUUUUCCAACAUCACUCACUCAGCCAAAAACAGUUCACAAAAUCAGCUUCUUAAUUACUUCGAAUAGCUCAGCCUGAAAAUGUUGUCCAAGGAAGAAGGAGGCGGCGCCGUCGGGGCUCCCGGCAGAGCAGUUUCCACUGAUCAGACAAUCAUCACCACCAACAACAACAAUAACAAUCCCCUAGAGACGAUCAUUCCAAUACUGGUUACGGACUUCACUCGCAGCAAUAGCGAACUACGGAAUCUCCGGUCAUUAGACGAAGCUUUCGAGGGCGACCAACUCGACCCCAAAGCCAAACCAUUGAUACAAAGAGUCCCAUCAACCCUUGCCCGUCACGAAGAUUUCAGGAAGUAUUUCAAGCCGAAAGUGAUCUCAAUCGGCCGACUCUACCACGAUGAUCCCACCCUCCGUGAUUCCGAGAAGCUCAAGCUCAAAUUAGCAGCACAUUUCGUCAAAAAAAUUGGCGUCGAUAAGGAUACCUUGUACAACAACAUGAAGACAGAGAUCAAUGGCUUGAAAAAAUGCUAUGAUCCAAAGGAAUUAGAGAAGUAUAGUAACGAUAACGAGAAACUGGCUUGGAUGUUCUUCGUUGACGGCUGCGCAAUUUUACAAGCAGUUUAUAUGCGUUACGGCCAAGAUUAUGAUCGUAAGUCGAACGAAUUGUUCAUUAAAAACGAUUUGCUGACAUUUGUGUACUCGGAUCUGUUCUUGUUGGAAAACCAAUUACCUUUUCGUGUUCUUGAAUUGCUUACAAGCUCGGGGGAUGGCCUAAAGUUCAUGGAUUCAAUCAAAAGGUUCAUCGACGACACCGUCGUUAACCCAGCCGAGAUGAAAGAGCCACAAUCACAUCAGCAGGACAGGUAUAAGAUUUUUAUAGCUAGAUGA